UGCGCAUGUUGUCAACAUUAAAUCAGGAUUGUCAAGUGUUUUCGGGACUUCGUUGUGCGUGUAUGCUUUUCGCAGAGUUUGAAGUUUAUAAUAUCAAGAGUUUUUGUUGUGCUUUCACCGUUUGUUGAUAGUGUAAUAGCGAUGGUGAAUUACUGUUGUUGCUACGGAUACAAAGAAAAAUAUGUUAAAGGAGGGAUAGUGACUUUUCAUGGGUACCAUGUUUAAAAAUUUCGAGACGCAUUAUAAUUAAGGCUUGAUUCUGUAGACCUAUUUUUCUACGAUUUUAUGACUAUAUAAGAGAUAUUACGGCUCGUACAAAAGUUUACAAACAAUCGCUUCCUCUCGUAAAUUUGCUAGUGGAACAGGAAAGGGAAUGGUUAGUUGUUUCAGCAAAUACUAUCCUCCAUGCAUUUAUCAGUGACUUGUCGAUUAUGUAUAUAGAUUUGAAAGACGGGAGACCGAUAAAUUCAAUAGAGUGGGAGUCUGUAACUGUCUUCGUAUAAUAUUUUCCGAAAGGAUGAACAACGAGUAAAGAUGUGGCUCCAGAAAAUAGGAGGAGUAAUUUUGUCCCCAGAAAAUACUCCAAAGUAUGUUCAAAACACUUUGCAGAGGAAUGUUUAGACAGAGAAAAAUUUGGACGCGUGUGGCUGAAGGUGAGUUUCCUUACCAGGUGUCACUGAAGCUGGUCUUCUCAGGUAGCCGUGUACACACCUGUGGUGGCUCCAUCCUCACCAGCAAUGCUGUCCUCACGGCUGCACAUUGUGCUAUCGACUCUGGAUCCUUAGUUGCUGUGGCUGGAGAAUACGACUUGGCUAGCAAUGAUGGGAGCGAGCAGGAGAUACAAGUCGCAGACCAGAUCGUGCAUCCCGACUACACUGGAGACGUAGCUCCACACGAUAUUGCUGUCUUCACCCUGCAGUCCUCACUGUCUCUGGGCACAUACGUGCAGACCAUCAGUUUGCCCACUGCUGGUUCAAUCCCUGCAGGUGGAUCUACAGCUGUCUUAUCUGGCUGGGGAGCAGCGGACGAUCCGACGGAGACUGUCCUACAGACAGUUGAUGUCACAGUCAUCGGCUAUGAAACUUGCAGACAAAAUAUUGAUGACAUAUAUUCGGGCCCGAACCCACUUACAGAGACUAUGGUCUGCACGGGACCCAUCUAUGAUGGCAUCUCUGUCUGCUUUGGUGAUUCUGGAGGCCCCCUGGCGCAGAACGGUGAGCUCAUCGGUGUUGUGUCCUGGGGAAUGAUGCCGUGUGGUACUCAAGGUGCUCCAUCUGUCUUCACCAGAGUGUCUGCAUACCUGGACUUUAUCAAUCAAAAUAUAUGAAGGGCCACAGCUCAUCUCACAUGGCACAACAUACAUAAAUUUACUAAAUUAUGUCCACAGGCAGCACUACAGCUCAAUUCUACAUUACUAUUGUGCUAACUGGACCUCAAUUUCAAACACUGAUGAUAAUAAAAGUACCAUUC